AUGUCUCAAUCGUCCUCCCUCGCCGCAAAUUCUCACGCUCGCCACCCCCUGCGUCAAUUCGAGGGAAUGGCGGUCGCCCAAGAUACGGCCGAGGACCAUAUGCAGGCCCGUCAUCCCCGCCCAGACGGCAUGGAGGCGGUCGACCCACAGAGCGGCACGACAUAUAUAGGCCCCAGACUUCAUCAAGAUCACGAUCUCCUGUUCGUUCCCGGUCAUACUCCUCUCGAUCCCGGUCACCACCGCCACGCCGAGGUAGCCCUCGCACAGACUCACGGCAUCACCGACGCCGGAGUCCAAGUUACAGCAGCUACGGUUACAGCAGUCGAAGUCGCAGUCCAAACCGGAACCGAGGCCACAACCGAAAUUAAACAUUGA